AUGGGCGGUCUCCAAAAUCUUCUGGAGCCUGGAGCGAUCGUCGCGGUUUUCACCACUGGAACUUUGAUAAACCGACGCAGGCAUGUCAGAUCGCCGGAAAUCCCCAGUGUUGAAUCACCGUUGCUUGCGGAUGGUCUUGAGGACGUGAAGCCAAAUACGGACGACGAACGUUCGCUCCGCAACCGCCGGACACCUCAGUCUCGUCUUCUAGCACAUUUUCCCUUCCUGCUGGAAAUAUUGUACUGGCUGCUCACAUACUGGAUCUACCAAGGGCUGCGGGCGUUCUCUGCCCGAAUGAUUGCCGGCCACAAGGAGAUCUUCGACACGGCUGAGCGCCAUGCUAUUUCGAUCCUUCACCUAGAGCAUUUCCUCCAUCUUGACGUCGAAUUAUCGGUUCAGAGAUACAUCCUCAACGAGAUUCCGUGGCUCAUGCCCUUUUUGGCGCGAGUAUAUUAUUCGCAUAUCGUUCUUGGAGUGGUAUUUGUGGUUUAUUGCUAUACCUUUGUUCAACGUGACAAAUACCAGGCGCUCCGACGCACGUUGGCAUUUGAGAAUGUCAUUGCCUUUACGAUCAUUACUCUGUGGAGGUGCAUGCCCCCGCGUCUCCUGCCCGAGGAGUACGGGUUUGUCGAUGUCCUGCACAGUAACAAGGGCGGUUCGGCUUGGACGCAGAACAAGUUCCAGCUCACGAUCGCAGCGAUGCCUUCGCUUCACUUCGGAAACUCCAUGUUCAUUGCGCUGUGUCUGCUCAAGUUCAGCCCUCAUUGGUACCUGCGAAUGAUCGCGCCGUUGUGGCCCAUGAUGAUGGGUCUCACGAUUGUUGCGACGGCCAACCACUUCAUUUUGGACGCUGUUGUUGGUGCAUGUGUGGUACUCACUGCUUUUAGAUUCAACCGCGUCAUGCUGAGUCUGCUGCCGAUAGAGAGAGCGGUUUUUAGAUUGCUUCGCCUAGAGAAGCCUUGA